AUGGAUUCCUUGGAUCAGAUAGUUGCUCAAUUUAUGAAGCCCAACGGUCCCAACCAUCGCCCACUGCAAGGACCUAUUACCCUGGGCGCUGUGAACAAAGACGGCACGUUCGAGUACGUGAAAUCAUUUGACUGUGCCAAUGACAAGAAUAUUGAGCAACCCUCGGGUAAACCGAUCUAUCACAUCGCGUCAUGCACCAAACUUAUCACGACAAUUGCAGUCCUGCAAUGUGUCGAAAAGGGCCUAUUGGCGUUAGACAGCGACAUCUCCAAUAUCCUCACCGAAUUCCAAAAUCCGAAGGUUCUUGUCCGGUUUGACGAGGACGGAGACCCUGUCUUGGAAGAUAGCAAAGGCGUUGUAACGCUUCGUCAUCUACUAACUCAUUCGAGCGGAAUGGCAUACGGAUUUGAAAAUAUGCAUCCCGAUCUGGCUCGGUUAGAGAAAUUGAGAAACCGCAAAACACUUGAGGGCGGAACAGUUGUAAGACAUCCGAGUGACAGCCCCAACUUCGCACUUCUACUAGAGAUAUUUGGGUUCGACAUUACUCAGCAAAUUGUUGAUGCGAUGUACAGGCGGAAUCUUUCGAACCCAUACUUAUACGCCAUCCAGGGGAGAAAUGGGAGUACUCCCCUGGUAUUGAUUGGGCUGGAAAAAUGGUUCGUCUACCAUGAACAUUCAUUCCUCCUGGUUCCUAACGAUUUUCUUAAUUCAUCUCAGGUCGAACGAGUCAACGGUGGCAUCAAACUAGGUGAUUAUAUGCAGCACCACAUCUUCGAUCCACUCGGCAUCAACGACAUCACUUUUUAUUCCGACCGCCAUGACAUACAAGAGAGGCUAGUGCAAUGCUGGGAGCGCUCAGAAAGUGAGGGCUUGAAGAAGGUCCGUUUGAGCAAGCGGCCGUACCCUGCUAAAGAACAUUUUGGUGGUGGCGGGCUGUUUGCUAGCGCCACGGAUUUACUGAAAGUAUAUGGAGCUAUCUUGCGAAAGGAUAAAAAGGUUCUGGGUAAAGAGAUGGUCGAUUUAAUGUUCAAGCCACAAUUGCAACAUACAGUUGGACUUGACAAUUUAUCAGACAGCCAUCCAUCUUACAGGAAUAGUAUCUUGAACUCGAUCCCAACCUCGACACCAAUCAACUUUGGACUCGGAGGUCUGCUCAACUUGCAAUCCGUGGUAGGACACCGAGGUUCGCAUUCGCUGACGUGGUCGGGCAUGGCAAACUGCUAUUGGUGGAUAGAUCCUCGUAACGGCAUCGCUGGAGUAUAUCUCUCACAGAUGAUUCCCUCCGGUGAGCCGGACGCAAUUGCGCUUCUGUCAAAGUUUGAAGAGACAGUUUACUCAUCUGUCGCUAGUAAAUAG